AUGGCACCGCACUCAAAUGCCACCGACGCCGGCGACACAGACGUCCAAACUACACCCAUAGACUUUGUCACACUCGGCAUGUUCAUUAUUGAUGACAUUGACUUCCUCCCACCUACACCUCCAGCCAAGGACAUUCUCGGUGGCGCAGGCACGUACUCGGCGCUAGGCGCUCGUCUUUUAUCGCCAUCACCGCUAUCCAAGACCGUCGGAUGGGUCGUUGACAAGGGCUCCGAUUUCCCGCCCGCGCUGGCCGAGCUCAUCGACACGUGGGACACGCACGCAGUGUACCGGCACGACGCGAGCCGCCUAACGACGCGCGGGUGGAACGGCUACGACGCCGGCGCGGACCAAAAGCGCGCAUUUCAGUACACGACGCCCAAGCGGCGCCUCACCGGCGCGGACCUCGACUCGGCACUGCUGCAGUCCAAGUCGUUCCACCUCAUCUGCUCGCCCUUGCGCUGCCAGGAGCUAGUCCGCGACAUCACCGCCCGUCGCCGUGCCGCCACCGCGUCGCAUGAUGACGCUUACAUCAAGCCCAUGUUCAUCUGGGAGCCCGUCCCGGACCUCUGCCACCCCAACGAGCUGCUCAACUGCACAAACUGCCUGCCCCUCGUCGACGUCUGCAGCCCCAACCACGCCGAGCUCGCCGCCUUUCUCGGCGGCGACGGCCUCGACCCGGAGACGGGCGCCAUCUCCCCCGACGCCGUCGAGCAGGCCUGCGAGCAGCUGCUGGCCAGCAUGCCGCUGCAGUCGUACGCGCUCGUCGUGCGCGCCGGCGAAAAGGGCUGCUACGUCGCCAAGAACGGCGGCCGCAAGCGCAAGAGGCCCCAGGGCGUCAAGUCGGCCCGCCGCAAGGCCCUCAUCCACGGCUCGCUGCAGCCCGAUACCGACAUGGAGUCGCUUCUUGCGGGGCUGCUACAAGGCGACGACGGCGUUAUUGACUCGGAGGAAAUCGAAGUCGACCCCGGCGUCCAGAAAUGGAUCCCAGCCUAUCACCAGGACGCUUCCAAAGUGGUAGACCCGACAGGUGGCGGCAACACAUUCCUCGGAGGCCUGUCUGUAGCACUUGCUCGCGAUGAAGACAUUGAAACGGCAGCUGUGUGGGGUACUGUCGCUGCAAGUUUCGCCAUUGAGCAGGUCGGACCCCCAACCUUGCGUCAAAACGAUGGCGGCGAAGAAACCUGGAACGGCGAGAACCCACUUGCCCGAUUGCGUGAGUUUCAAGAGCGCCUGUGA